ACACAGCUUGUGUUCUCACUCUCUUGCCUCCAUGGACUUGGAGAUUGGAGUCACUAGUUCAGAUACACCUCUUGAGUCCUGGUUUUCAUCUGAUAGAUCUACUGGGUACCUUGAAGAUGUUAUUGCAGGCUGGAGUGUUUGGUACAAGCAACAAAAUUUACCAUUGUACUCUCUGUCUCAGGAUCAAAAGGAAACCCAUUGUCUGGCAGACCAGAUAGACAUAUUUCCACCAUGUUCUUCCACAAGAACCCAACGCCUGGUUGAUGUCCCACCUGCAGAUUACACCAUUCCAGAAAAUGAAAAAUUCAGCACUGGGAGCCAAUCAUCAUCACCAAAAGACACGCAUGCAGCUUCAACACAGGAAGAUAAUCCUGAGAAGAUUAAGGCAUCUAUAAAAUCAGACGAAAACGAUACUUCAGUUUCAAAGGGUCAGAAGAAGCGAAUUGCUUACCCGUUCGAGAUGGUGAAACGAGGAGGGGCAGAUGGAGAAACAGUGCUUGAAGACAUAAAUCAGCAGAUGCGAAUGAGCCCAGCGAAGCCGAUUCCGCAUCCAGUGAGAGAUCGGGUGCGUGUUCCAUGCGAUUCUGAUCGCGGUUUUGGGAUUUCAGGAAAAGCAGUGGUGGCUCUUACUAGGAUUCAUACACAGGGUACAGGAUCUAUCACCAUUGUUAGAACCAAGGGAUGAAGUGAGAAUAUUCAUCUCACUUGGAUUCAUUUCCAGAAAAUGAUUUAACGUGAAUGUUUGAAAAUAGGAGGAAUAGUUAGUUGUAUGUAAUAACUAAUAAGGGAAUUAUUCUCUUUUUUCUGCUUUGAAACUGU